AAAUAUUUUAGUUGCCAAAAACAAAAAGUAAGACAGUUAUAUGAUAAGAACCCUAGAACUUGUUUGUAAAUUCCCUCUUAUUUCCACCUUUCUUCUUCACUCUCUCUUUCUCUCUCUCUCUCUCUCUCUCUGCAUAAUCAAAUGGAAUUCUGGGGUGUUGAAGUUAAAGCUGGGAAGCCUUUUCAAGUCACUCUCCAAAAGGGUAAAGUUAUACACAUCUCACAGGCAGCACUAGGGGAGACGAAGGGAAAGGAAAAUGAGUCUGUUCUCCUUCAUGUGAAAAUUGAUGGCCAGAAGCUUGUACUGGGUACACUCAUAAAAGAGAAAAUACCUCAAGUGAACUUUGAUCUGGUAUUGCACAAAGAGUUUGAAUUGUCACAUGACUGGAAACAUGGGGAUGUUUAUUUCUGUGGAUAUACUGGAGAGAGUCCAUCUGCUGAAGACUCAGACUCUGAUGAUGACUCUGAUGAGGAAGAACUUGCCCCAGUUCCUGUCACUCAGAAUGAAGUUAAACCAACUGCAGACAAGGGUAAAGCCACCAAGCCGGAAUCCUCUGCCAAGCCAAAGGUGACGUUUAUUGAACCCAAGAAGAAGUCUGUGGAAAGUUCUGAUGAUGAUGAUGAUGAAGUUGAUGAUUCUGAUGAUGAUGAUGAAGUUGAUGGUUCUGAUGAGGACAUGCCUGGUGCUUUGGAUGGAAAUGAUGAUGAUUCUGAAGAUGAAGAUGACUCGAACAAUGAGGAUGACUCAGAUGAUGAAGAGGAAACACCAAAUAAGCCUGUUAAUGAUAAAAAGAGAGCGAAUGAAUCUGCAAUGAAAACACCUGUCCAGGCUAAGAAAGCUAAAGGAGACACCCCUCAAAAGACAGAUGGGAAGAAGGGGGUUCAUGUAGCAACUCCUUACCCGUCCAAGCAAGCUGGAAAACCCACAACUGCUAAUAACAGUGCAAUGGCUCAGACCCCAAAAUCCGAGGGCAAAGUUACCUGCAAAUCCUGCUCUAGGACAUUCAACUCAGAAAAUGCCCUACAGUCUCACACAAAGGCUAAGCACAUUGGUAUAUAGAAGAUAAUGGAAUACCCAAGUGGAGGGAAGGGCUAGAUGUUUUUGGUUUUGUCACUUUCUUGGUCACCAUUCCACAACCGUACUUGUUCUUUCUAGAUAGGAAACCGACUAUGCUAUAAACUAGUAGUAGUAGUAGUAACAGUGAAUUGUGAAACUUUCAAGUUAAUGUGGUAAAUGUGUGGAUUUAUUGAAG